AUGGCUGAACAACAAACUACAAAAUUUACUUAUGUUCAUGCUCACCGAAUAUUACCCCCCGGAAUACGAGUUACUACUCAUUGUGGGAUCAAACACCUUGAGGCGAUGCGUCGUACUCUAGACCGAUACAAGUUAUUGGAUAGAUUCCUACAGGGCCCAUUAGGACAUUUCUUGAAGAUGCCUUUGUCCCUCCAUUUGACUGCACCACAGUUGAUAUAUCAUGUUCUACUUAGGAAUGUGACAUUUUCGAGUGCCCGCCACGAUGAGAUGUGGUUCGAGAUUGGCUGCACACCAUACAGGUACGGGAGGCAGGAGUUCAUACUUAUUAAUGGACUCCGAUUUGGGGCUAUUGAUAGGGAAAGCCUUGAACCGAAACCUAUUGAGUCGGAGAGUUUACGUGCUCGACUAUUUCCACAACAUAAGAAGGGGGUGACUGGAGACGACCUUGAAUUACUUAUUAGUACCAAAGAGGACAUGGUUUCAAAGGAUGCCCUGAAACUGAUUUACAUUGCUGUGGUCGACAUGUUUUUGUUGGGCCAGGAUGAGCGUGGGCAUGUGGAUGAUUUCUUGUGGACUAUGGCCGAUGAUUUACAAGCAUUUGAGAUGUUCCCUUGGGGUACAUAUGUCUACAGUAAGAGUCAACAUUACAUCCGGUUGGCCACGAAAGAAAGAAAAUUGACUGGUGAAGGUGGGAAGAAAAUCAACCUUUAUGGUUUUGUAUGGGCGUUUCAGUGGUGGUUGAUCGAAACAUUCCCAUGGAUUCAGAAUAAAUGGGCCGUCAGACUGUCCGACGCAGACAUUCCAAGAUGCAGAAAAUGA